UCAAUGUUGCUCGCGCAAGGACGACGCAGUACUGACAGUCGGCAGCAGCGCACUUAGUUUGAAAUAUUCGGCUCGAAUCUUACUUUUAACACUUUGUCAUUAAAAACACACCGUUUUCCCUGCUUUGAUGUGACACGGUCGGUUAACUUUGUCCAUGUUGUGACCGUAAUGUGGAAUUAAAAAUGGUCAUCAAGGUUUACGUCGCCUCGUCAAGUGGAUCUGUGGCGGUAAAAAAACACCAGCAGUCAGUGGUGGGUUUCCUCGAGUCACAUCGAAUCAUUUUCCAGGAAGUAGACAUCACCAUGUUGCAGGAACAAAGACUCUGGAUGUACCAGCACAUCCCUCGGGACAAGCAGCCAGACAAGGGCAACCCGCUGCCUCCACAGAUCUUCAAUGAGGAUCGCUACUGUGGGGACUAUGAAGACUUCUUCCAGUCUAAAGAGAACAACACUGUGUUUGCAUUCCUUGGCAUACCUCCUGGACCAUCUGUCAAAGAUUCUGAGUCCUAGGUGACAACACAACAACCUCCUCAUGUGUCCUCUUGCUGUGUAUGCCAGCGUGUUGCCAAACAUGGGACAUUCAGCCUUGUCUGACAAAAAAAAAAAAAAAGACUUUCUGACCAAAAAAUGGGGGUUUGCGUUAUAUCAUGUUUGCUUUUCACAUUACUGAAACUGUCGUUUUUGACCCACAUUAUGUACGCACCUGCCUUUAAACAUAUACUGUAAAUUAUAUAAUUGUGGGUGUAGAACAGUUCCUAAUAUUUGAAGCCAAGUAUUUCAAACAGUUCCUCACCACUAGAGGGAGCAACGACACAUCCAAUUGUGCUUUCAUCCACUUGCUAGUUAGAAGUCUCUGUCCAGUGGGCUCCAUGGUGGGGGUCUAUUUUGUAUUGAGUCACACAUUGUGCAGGUGUACCUAGCAUUGUGUCCAUUGUAUAUAUCAUUUACUGUGUGCUGUGCCAUCAUAUUGUAAACAAAAUUUGACAUUUGUCAAGUUCAACGAUCACAAUCUUCUGUCUUUGAAUGUUUCAAAGUUAAUAAAAAAAUUUCUAAACGUA